AGAGAAUGGGAGUGGCGUCGUUUAGGUGGAUACUGCAAUUGCACAAGGACGUCCCAAAAGCCGCUCGUUUCUACUCGGAAGGCUUGGGUUUCACCGUCAACGUCUCCACUCUCCGAUGGACCGAGAUUCAGUCCGGUCCGCUCAAACUUGCCCUCAUGCAAUCCCCCAAUGACCAUGCCAUGCAGAAGGGCUACUCUUCCCUUUUGUCUUUCACAGUGCCGGACAUUAACCAAACAGUGGCGAGGCUGAUGACAUUAGGAGCUGAGCUAGAUGGUGCGAUCAAAUACGAAAUCCAUGGGAAGGUUGCUGCGGUAAGAUGUCUUGAUGGGCACAUGAUAGGCCUGUAUGAACCGGCGUAGGGCUCUAGAAGCUAAAGACCUUUUGAUGAUGGAAGUUGCUGAAGUAAGAUCCUUGUGGAUUUUUGUUAUGUAAAACUUUGAACUCAAUAGAGAAGAUGUUAUGCACUUGUGCCAAAUUGCUCCUCUCUGGUGUUUUAUGUUCAUUAGCCCCUAAUUUGUAAUACAAAUUACC